GCUCAACUGACCAAUUGCGAGGAAAAGGGAGAGAGCUUCUUACAAUAAAAUGGCAUAAGCUUGGUGUGAAGUGUGAACUAAGUUGUAAUUUCUAGCAAAUAGUUUAUAGUGCUUAUAAUGUUUUUUAAGAAAUAAAGAUAAAAGAGAGGAAUUACCAUGGACAGCAUCGGAAGUUUUGUAGUAGUUAGGGUACGUCUGAUCUAAGAAAAUAUGACCGGUUCUCGUCAUCACAUGGGUGUCAACAACUACAUUAAUUUACUUUGUUCGAUUUUAUCACUGGCAUUAUGUUAUUCUUUAUCAGGCGCCUAUCUUUUGCUAGUAGAUCAAGAAAGCGUCCAGGCAGGCGACCUUCUAUUCAAUGUCUCCGUGAAGCAUUCCGGAUCGGACAGGUAUUACGAAUUAGAUACCAGGCGAUCAGCACCGUUCGUUCAAUCGCUGAUAAACGUAGAUAGAAAAAGUGGACACAUAUCGUUACAGCAACGGUUACAAUGUGAUGGGAUAUUUUAUCCUAACCUUUUCACCAUAUUUAUCAACUCGUUUUCGAAAAGACUGAAAGACUUAGAAUACUACAGUUUACCAUUAAGGAUAUUUAUUACCGGAAAAGAUUGUUCAGAUUAUUCGGAGGAAACUUUGGAACAUUUGGACGAAUUUAGUCGCGAAAGGCGUAGCUUUAGAGCGGAUAAUAAUUGGAAUCCAUUCAGUCAUGUUCAUCCUUCUGUAAAAGAAAAAAUCGGAAAGGCCAAGGAAUGGGUAUCAGAAACUUACGCGUCCUUCGCAAUACCUUCCGCUGGGAAAUGGAAGAAAAUAUGCCUAAAACAAUCCCAGUUUAUCAGUUCAAUUUUGAGCUUCUUACCAGAUACUAUUACAAAAUUCUGCCAAGUGGACUUCCAUUAUGUAAGCGACGACAGAUUUAAAAUAGAACGUAGCCAGGGAGACCUGGUGGCAAGUAGGGACGUUUGUAUAGUAGAACCAAUGUGGAAAAUUUCCAUAUCAUUUACAACCCAGUGCAAAAAUAUAAGCAUUCUGAAUUCCGAGCACAGACUAAAGAUUAUUUACCAUCACCAAAAAUUUAAUGAUACCGAUAUAGCACGUAGAGUUAGGCGAGAACUGCGUAAUCAGUCUCCGUUUUUCGAGAAACACCUUUACGUUGCGAGCGUUCUUGAGGAAUGCGAGCCUCCGGUGGUGGUUACUACCGUUAAGGCCAGAGAUCCCGAAAAUAAUCCCAUAUCUUACUCGAUGACUAGCCUAUUAGACUCCAGAACACAAGGUAUGUUUGACAUCGAUCCCCAAACGGGAAUCGUCAGUACCAGAGUCCAGUUAGACAGGGAAUUGGUCGACGUACAUUACUUUCGUAUCACGGCGACGCAUAACAUUUUCCCUCCGAGAUCAGGAACGACGAUGCUUCAGAUCAAUGUAUUGGACGCCAAUGAUCAUGCACCUGUAUUUGAAAUGACUGAAUAUGACGCAAGUGUAAGGGAAAGCGUAAGCGUAGGAACGACAGUUAUUACUUUAAAAGCUACUGAUCAAGACAUUGGCAAAAACUCCGAUGUGGAAUAUUCCAUUCAGAGUGUCAAUGGAGGUGGUAUGUCGUCCGACGAAGAAGAUAAUCAGGCUUUCAAGAUUGAUCCGAAAACCGGCGUUAUUACGACUAGAACUACUUUAGACAGGGAAACGACGGAGGUCUAUACUUUGGUAAUUGAAGCAAUCGAUUCGGCCACACCGCAGUCGGCCCGGAAAUCUUCCUCGACAAGUGUAGUAAUUAACAUUUUGGAUGAUAAUGAUAAUUAUCCGCAAUUUUCCGAAAGAACGUAUUCGGUUACAUUAAAUGAAGAUAUAAAUUGGAGCGAGAGUCCUGUCGUGGCGCAUAUCAAAGCGACGGACGCAGAUCAGGGAGCCAACGCCGCAAUACGAUAUGCAAUAAUAAGCGGUAACACGCAGUCCCAAUUUACAAUAGAUAGUUUAUCUGGAGAUGUGUCGUUAAUAAAAGCUCUGGAUUACGAAAUCUUGAGGAACUAUCGGUUAGUUAUAAGAGCUCAAGAUGGCGGCAGUCCUUCCAAAUCAAACACAACCCAACUCCUGAUCAAUGUUAGAGACGUUAAUGACAACGCUCCUAGAUUUUACACCACUCUUUUCCAAGAGAGCGUCCAGGAAAACGUUCCAAGUGGAUACAGUAUCGUGAAGGUACAAGCGUAUGAUGCCGACGAAGGUUCUAACGCGGAAAUAAUGUACACUAUAGCCCCUAGGGAUGGUACGGGAGCCAGCACUACUGGCUUACCACUCUCGGUGGAUUCGCACUCCGGUUGGGUUUAUACCACCAAAGAAUUAGAUAGAGAAGACCAGGGUAAAUUUAUGUUCCAAGUAGUUGCCACCGACAAGGGCGUUCCACCACUAUCUGCCAGUGCCAGCGUAAUAAUCACAGUACAGGAUGUGAACGACAACGAUCCGGUGUUUAAGCCGAAGCUAUACGAAGCGGUAGUAGCGGAAGACAAAUCUCCUGGAACUCCAGUAACUACCGUCACCGCAACCGAUGCCGACGAAGACAACAGGAUUCAUUACGAAAUUACAAACGGCAACGUAAGAGGAAGAUUUGCCAUAACGUCGCAGAAUGGACGGGGAGUAAUCACUGUGGCGCAGCCGCUGGACUAUAAACAAGAAAAACGUUACGUAUUAACCGUAACUGCGUCCGAUUCCGGCGGUAGAACCGAUACAGCCACAGUAUAUAUUAAUAUAACAGACGCCAACAAUUUUGCUCCAGUCUUUGAAAAUGCGCCUUACUCUGGCAGUGUAUACGAAGACGCCGCUGUUGGUACUACGGUAUUGGUCGUAUCAGCCACAGAUAAUGAUGUAGGUUUAAACGCGCAAAUAACUUAUUCACUUGGGGAAGAACUCAGUUCGGAUUCCGCAUUCUCAAUCAAUCCACAAACCGGUGCAGUUGUUACAAAGAAACUGCUUGAUAGAGAAAUAAUAUCGGGGUAUUUGUUGACAGUAACGGCUACAGACGGGGGAAGUCCUGCUAUGUCCGACACGACUGAUGUGGAAAUAUCGGUACUCGAUGUUAAUGAUAAUUAUCCGGUCUUUAAGCAGGUGGCGUACUCAGGAAGUAUACCAGAAGACGCUUUAGUAGGAACGUCAGUGGUCCAAGUCGCGGCUACUGAUGCAGAUGUAGGAUUAAAUGGUAGAAUUCGUUACACCCUAAGCGAGAAAGAUUUGGAGGACGGUUCUUUCGUAAUAGAUCCAACUAGUGGAGUAAUCCGUACGAACAAAGGCUUGGAUCGGGAAUCUGUCGCUUAUUACGAACUAGAGGCAUAUGCUAUUGAUCGCGGGUCCCCCACUUUAAGUAGUUCGGUGCCUGUAACGAUAAGAAUAGAAGAUAUUAACGACUCGCCCCCAGAGUUCUCAUCAGAUAAACUUGUCUUUUAUAUUCCGGAAAAUAGCCCCGUCGGAUCUACCGUUGGUGAGAUAUACGCUAAGGACCCAGACGAAGGAGUAAACGCUAUAGUGCAGUACUCGAUUAUUGGAGGCGAAGACAGCCAAAGUUUUUCUUUAAUUACGCGACCAGGCUCAGAGAAGGCCGAAUUAUUGACAAUGACGGAACUGGAUUAUGAAACAUCGAAAAAAAAAUAUGACAUUAUAGUGAGAGCAGCUAGCCCUCCACUGAGAAGCGACACGCAUGUAGAAAUUAUUGUAACUGACGUUAACGAUAAUGCCCCGGUAUUGCAAGACUUUCACGUAAUCUUUAACAAUUACAAAGACUGUUUCCCGACUGGACCUAUCGGUCGGAUCCCCGCGUUUGACGCGGAUGUGUCAGAUAAGCUAGUUUUCAAGAUUCUAUCUGGCAACAAUGCAAAAUUGGUGGCCUUGAACGAAUCCACCGGACAGUUAAUUUUAUCGCCCCAAUUGAAUACUAACGUUCCCAAAAUCGCUUCCAUGGAAGUCUCUGUAAACGACGGCAUAAACGAAGUAAAAGCCGUUAUGCAACUUACCGUAAGACUGGUUACAAAAGAUAUGCUUCUCAAUUCUAUAACAGUUCAGCUGAAUCAAAUGACUAAAGAGGCGUUCUUGUCGCCCUUACUGCAAUAUUUUAUUGAUGCGUUGGCUGCCAUUAUUCCGUGCCCUAGGGAGAACGUUAUUGUGUUUAGUAUACAAGACGAUAAUAAUGUAAAAUCCAAAAUACUAAAUGUGAGUUUCUCAGUUAAGAGACCUGACGUACCUAAAGAGGCAUACUAUUCUAUACAGUUUUUACAAGAGAAAGUAUAUUUAAAUAUGGGUUUACUAGGUAGACUGUCAACAGUACAAAUUUUACCUUUUAUCGACAACCUGUGCGUCCAGGAGCCGUGCUUGAACUUUGAAGAAUGUGUGACAGUCUUAAAAUUUGGUAACGCCUCAGGUUUUGUACACAGUGACACGAUUCUCUUUAGGCCUAUUUAUCCAGUAACAACAUUUACUUGUCAAUGUCCCAAAGGCUUUACCGGAUCUCGGGAGCACUACCUCUGCGACACCGAAGUGAAUUUGUGUUACUCAUCUCCUUGUAAGAAUAAUGGGACAUGUAAAAUUAAGGAAGGAGGUUAUACUUGCGUCUGCACUAGUGGUUACGCCGGUAAAAAUUGCGAGAUGCCAAUGGAGGCAGACAGUUGCAAACCGGACACAUGUACAAAAGACAUUGUAUGCAGUUCGAAGGAUAAGAACGGUUCAUUCGUGUGUGACGAAUGUGCAUUUCCGCUGGAACAUUAUACUCCUUUUUGCGAACUGAAAAGUCGAAGUUUCGCCAAGUCAUCGUUCUUGACUUUUCCUAGUUUAAGACAAAGGCAAAGGUUGCACUUGAACAUGAAGUUUGCAACACGCUCUCAAAACGGGCUACUCCUUUACAAUGGAAGAUAUAAUGAAGAACACGAUUUCGUAGCAUUGGAAAUCAAAAAGGGAGAUGUCCAGUUCCAAUUUUCUCUUGGCGGUUCCGUUACAAAAGUAACAGCUUCGCGGCCGGGUGGAGUUUCGGAUGGUAAAUGGCAUACAGCGACUGUCAGUUACUACAAUAAAACGGUAACACUUUCUAUCGACGACUGUGACACGGCACUUGCAUUAAAACACGGCAAGGAGCUAGGCAGUAAGUGGGCGUGUGCUUCGUACGUAGAACAUUCGCUAGAAUCUAGGUGCGCUUCUUUGACCGAAACCUGUUAUCGUUUUCUGGACUUAACGGGUCCGCUACAAUUGGGUGGAUUACCGAAAUUCUCAAUCCGCUCCGAAAUCCAAAAUACCCAUUUUGAAGGGUGUAUCGCUGAUUUUCACAUAGAUCAUAAAUUCAUCGAUUUAAAUUCUUUUGUGACCGAUAAUGGAACAUCUAUCGGUUGCCCAGAGAAACGCUCUUACUGUAACUCGGGUCCUUGCAAGAAUGGGGGAACAUGCAUCGAUGGGUGGUCUUUAUAUAAAUGUGUGUGUCCGCAAGGUUAUGGCGGUAAAGACUGUUCCCAAACCAUUGGCAAUCCGUGGCACUUUUCCGGAGAUGGAACUCUCUCUUUCAACCCUUUGUUAAGACCUAUUCAAUUGCCUUGGCUGAAUGGAUUAUCAGUCAGGACAUUACAAGAAGAUACUUUUUUGAUGUCGGUGCAAGUGGGCCAGAACAGUUCUGCGGUCGUAUCGUUGCAGAAAGGGUUUUUAGUAUACUCAUUCAAUGAGGAAACCAUUUCCUUAAAUUCGAUGUUUCUUUCGGAUGGUGAAUGGCACCGAAUAGAAGUUACAUGGCUAGGAACAGAAAUAAAAUUGUCUAUUGACUACGGCGAAUACAGCGAAUUAAUUUCAUUUCCUGAAAAAAUACAGGGUUUGUAUGUGGGAAAAAUACUGGUGGGAGGGCCAGAUAAUACCUACAGUAGUUUAAAUGCCGGCUAUAGUUAUUUGGAAGGCUGCAUACAAGAUGUUAGAAUUGGGAAUCAACAGAGCAGUCUCAACAGACCAACAGUCAAAGAUAAUGUCGAAGAAGGUUGUUUUUUUAUUCAAGAGUGCCAAAACGAGUGCCCAGAUACGUCUUGGUGCAAGAUCAGUUGGGGUAAAUCUCAGUGCGAAUGCAACACGGGCCAUGUAGGAGCACUUUGUAUUCCGAUAUGUACUAUUAAUCCCUGCGACAACGAGGGAGUAUGCAAAGAAAAUAAUCAGUUCAAAAAAGGUUAUGAAUGUGUUUGUGACUCAGCUGAUUACUCUGGUGAAUAUUGCGAAGAAAAACGAACGCAACCGUGUCCGGCGAGUUGGUGGGGAUUUCCGGUUUGCGGUCCUUGUGACUGUGAUGUCGGCGCUGGUUACAAUCCGGAUUGCGACAAAAAUACUGGAACUUGCCAUUGCCGAGAGAAUCACUAUCAGCCCAAGGGAUCGACUGAAUGCAUUCCAUGCGAUUGUUACCACGUGGGAUCGUACAACUCGCAGUGCGACCAUGAAACUGGAGAAUGUAAAUGCAAGGAGGGUGUCAUAGGACAGAAGUGUGACUCGUGCCCGAAUUCUUAUGCGGAGAUUACUUUGAAAGGCUGUGAAGUGGUUUAUGAUGGAUGCCCAAGAUCAUCAACACAUGGAAUUUGGUGGCCAAGGACCGUUUUUGGCCUCGAAGCUAUUGAAUUGUGUCCGAAAGGUUCCCAUGGUAAAGUGUCCAGAAAAUGUGAUAAUGAAAUGGGAGGUUGGCAAGAGCCGGAUAUGUUUAAUUGCACAUCGGAUUCGUUUCUGGAUUUAAGAGAACAGCUUUCGAAUAUUGAAUCUGGAGAUCUUCCUCUAAAUACCUUCGUCGUUGUAAAACUAGGGCAUGAUCUUCAGAAAGCGACAAAUUCCUCGAAAUUGUUGUAUGGUGCUGAUGUAAUGAUCGCCUAUGAUUUAAUAAAGGAAUUACUGCAAUAUGAAUCAAGUGUUCACGGGCUAAAUCUGUCCCACAGUCAGGACAAAGAUUACAUCAGCAAUCUUGUCCUCUCAGUCAAUGUAAUACUUUCGGAAAAAUACGCCGAUCACUGGACUAGAAUUAAUCACCUCACUGGUCACUCUGUGGAAGAUCUAAUUGGAUUAUUGGAAAAAUAUAUCAAUGUUUUAUUGGAAAGUCAACAUGACACAUAUACAAAUCCUUUUGAAAUUGUAUCACCGAAUGUGGUUUUGGGUUUGGACAUAGUUACACCCGAGUCUCUAUAUGGAUAUGAACCAGAAAUUACAUCUUAUAAUGUCCAUAGACAACUGUACACCACAGAAAGUGUAAUUUUACCAGACACGUCGGACUUUCUGCAAGAUAAUAAAAUUCCUCAAGGUCAAGGUCCUCUUGUGGCCUUUCCAAAAUACAACAACUAUCUCCUAGACAAAUCGAAAUUUGAUCAGCAUACCAGAAUUUUGCUACCUUUGCAUUUACUGGGUAUCAAGCCUGUAGAAAUUGGAGAAAUCAUCACAAAACACAGUGUUUCGAGAGAUAGUGCUAUUGUUAGUUAUGUUCAAUACAACGAAGUUGGAAGCCUUUUUCCCAAGUCGUAUCAUGAUUCCGUGGUAAGAAGGUGGGGAGUUGAUCUUACAUUGGGCUCCCCAUUAAUAACUGUUAGCGUAUUAGUUCCUGAAUAUGUUGAUGCGAUAGAAAAAUCUACUGAGACUAUCAAUAACUUCAACGACAUACAACUGCCAGAAAUUAACAUUCCUCAACAGACUGGCAGUAUGUUUAUGGAGCCAGAAGUAAAAAUUCACGAAAACGAUGCUCGUUACUUUCGAUCUGAAAAUAACAGAAUGAAACGGGAUAAAAACAUCCGCAAAAAACUGUUCUAUAAAAGUUUGUCCAAUAUUCAGUUAGAUAUACCCAUUAGACUACAAAUAUGGUUAAAUUCUAAUCACACCAUGUUUAAUGAGAGGUCUAAUCCGCAGUGUGUGCAUUGGUCAACUGUCAAGGGAUUUGGAGAAUGGUCCAGAGUGGGAUGUCGGACUGAGGUGGAUAAUGAUUGGUUUGAAAAAUCACUCAACGAGCCGCUCUUGAUCAAUUGUAGCUGCAAUCAUUUGUCAACUUUUGCGGUGUUAGUCGAUGUGGUUGAUCUUGAGUACAUACCAGAACCGUCACUCCUAGAAGACAUAUCGAGUUACAGCAGUUUUGCAAUAGCCCUGCCUUUAUUGCUAGGAACUUAUUUAAUACUGGCACUAAUUAGAGGGUUGCAAACAAAUUCGAACACCAUUCGAAAAAAUUUGGUAUUAUGUGUGUUUUUAGCUGAACUUCUUUACUUUGUAACCUUAAAGGCCAGAAAAGCGAUGAUAUCUGAAGAAUUUGCCUGUAAAUUGAUCGCUAUUGGUCUGCACUACUUAUGGUUAGCGUCUUUUUGUUGGAUGUCUGUUGAUGCAGUGCACUUAUACAGGAUGCUGACAGAAAUGAGAGAUAUUAAUCAUGGACCAAUGAGAUUCUAUUACAGCAUUGGUUAUGUUGUUCCAGCAGUCGUUGUUGCUCUGUCAGUUGGCGUUAGGGCUCACCAAUAUGGCAACUAUUACUUUUGCUGGGUUUCACUCUACGAAAGUGUCAUUUGGAGUUUAGUUGGGCCAACAUGUUUACUCACGUUUGUUAACCUUUGUAUAUUGGUGCUUUGCAUUCGGGCAGCAUUUACUUUGCAAGAUCAUGUACUGGGCUUUGGCAAUCUCAGGACUUUGUUAUGGGUAUCAGUAAUAUCCUUGCCAUUGUUAGGUGCCACUUGGGUCUUGGCCCUGUUGGCGGCUUCAGAACGACAUCCCUUGCUAAUGCCGUUGCUAUCGUGUGCGGUUUUAAUUCAUGCUGCAUUCUCGUUAGCGGGUUAUUGCUUCGCAAAUAAUAGAGUCAGACAGAAUCUCUUACGGACAUUUAUGAGGUGCUUAGGUAAAAAAGUGCCUCUAUUGGAUACAGCAUCAGUUGCCGGAGUACCUAGUACAAGUAGCCAAAAUAUAACUAUCCAAUCACGUUCGGCUCUUGCAUAUCACUCAAGUGUGGAUCAAAAACGCAGAAACAUUGGAAUUUCUGCAUCAAGUACGACAUCUAGGUCUACCACCAAGACUAGUUCUAGUCCUUACAGAAGCGAUACACAUCUUCGUAAUACAUCAACUUCUACCUCUAACUACAAUUCUACCAGCGAUGUACCUUCAUACUUACGAAGCUUUGACCAAACUACUAAUCUGAGGCGCAGAGAAGUGACUGAACAAAGUGAUUUAAAAGAAAGCAGGGAAAGAAAUCGGGGUGAUAGUGAUUCAGAUAGCGACGGAUCUGAAGGAAGAAGUCUGGAUUUAGCUUCAAGCCAUUCGAGUGAUGACGACGAAUCAAGUACUAAAAAGCACCACAGCAGGAUCCAUAUGUCAGCCAGACAAGGAUAUUUGCCAAACAUUACAGAACAUGUAGUGUCAAGAUGUGGCACUCCCCCUUCCUUAAAUGUUGUGACGAAUUCCCAGUUGUUCCCAGCUAUCCAACCAACUUACGGUUCAAGGUGGUCCAGUCAACUUCCUGAAUCAUAUCUUCCGAAUCCUAAUGAUAUUGGUCGGUGGUCAGCUGAAACCGGUUCCGACAAUGAAUUGCUCCAUAAAACCAGUUCACCAAAUCCUCUACCACAUCCUGAUGUAACCUCUGAAACAUGCCUGCCUGUCAUUGAAUCAGAGCAGUAUAGGAUUAGGACUCAUUAUAAUAAUCGUUAUAACCCUAAUAUGUAUACCAAAAAUGAAUACAUGCAAAAAAUGAUCCCACAUGAGAAUGUAAACUAUCAGGAUUAUGACAGAUAUUCUGACAUAGAUGAAAAGCAUCAGAUGGGUGACAAGUAUCUAUUUCCUUAUACAGACAAUAUAUGUUCAGCGGAAGAGGAUCACAUCCAAAUCCACACCAGCUAUGGCCAACCCGACCUGUCACCUCAUCCUAGUAAUCGGAUGAUGUCUCCCGUGACAAAUGACCUAAAUAAUCCUUGUAUGGAUUUUCAUGGAUCAACCGGGUCUCGAAUGGGGUCACGAAUCGGUUCAGUCUUAGGAUCUUUACAUGGUUCUGCAGGUGGUAGCAUUAGAGAUUCGCCACCUUUAGUUCCACCUGUGUCGAUGAUACACUCUGGCAUGCCUCCAGAACCUUCAUCAUGGUGUUGGGCAUAUCAAGUUAAUAAGUAAAUGUUUUUUUUUUCUGUAGCACAGACAAGGAUGAAGAAACACCCGUAUGAAAAUGUUUUCUAACAGCAAAAUUUCAAGAUUUUCAUUCUAUUUUUUAUUAGAAAAUUGUGAGAAUUUUUUUAUUAAAUUAGAAAAGGUUAAAAACUUUCUUUUACAUUAAAAGAUUUUAAUACUAGAUAAAUAGCCUCCACAUGUGUUGUGCACAUAGGUACCUAUCUAUUUCACAAUGCUAAAUACAUUCUCUGGGAAGGUAUUUUCUAGCAAAAUGACUAUC